AUGGCUGAACCAAUCAAGCGUAGGGGUGAGAGGCCGGUCGCGAGUGCGCCCUCCAAGCCUCCCCCAAAAGGCACUGACCAAAAGCACCCUGCCGGUAUUUUCGCAGAUAUGGCCACCGAUGGCCCUUUAAUCGGUACCUUGGUCGCUGUAGUCGAUAAAGCUAAAAAUCUCCCGAAUCUCAAAUCAAUCGGCAAGCAAGAUCCUUACUGCGUUAUCCGUCUUGGGAAGCAUGUCAAACGAACUGAGCCAGAUAAAAGAGGAGGCCAGACUCCUAAAUGGGAUGCCGAACUUCGUUUUCCUGUCCACGACUCUGCUGAUUACCGACAACUGAAGAUAGUAAUCUUCACUGACGAUAAAAAAACCGAACUCAUAGGCGAAUGCAUCGUAAGCCUUGAUAAUAUUCUCGACACCUCUGGUGGCGGCCAAUCCGAUGGCUGGCAUCAGUGUAAAUGCCGCGGAAGAUAUGCAGGCGAUAUACGAGUUGAAUUGACAUUCUGGGACGAGAGACCCCGGGAGACUGCACCAUUGCAAGUUAAUACUCGACAAGUUACAGCGUUUGAGAAAGAAGACUACUUGAAACGUCCCGAAAAGCCGUUAGCUGGACCGCGAAGACCGGGUGUGCCUGCUAGAAAUCGAGAAUUGCCGGAACGACCCAAUCCUAAGCCAUCAAAGGAGGAAUUGGUGCCGAGCAGCUCUGAAGAGGAAGAACCGCCCGAGCCCCCAGCUGCUCAACAUAGAAAGGAUAGGGACCGUCGAGAUAGAGAGCCAAGAGAACGUCAGAGAGAAGAUAGAAGACAUCGUGAGAAUAAAAGGGAGAAAUCACGGCAUCACCGCGAGCGGGAUGGCGAGCGGGACGGUGAAAGGGAGCGAGAACGUGAGAGGAGGCGCGAGAAGUCGAGACCACCACCAGACAUGUAUGACCACGACCCAUACAGACAACAUCAACCACAGCACCCACCCUCGCAGCCGCAGCACGGUAUGUCGUAUGAGCAGGAUCAAUAUGGUGGAUACAACCAACCUAGUCAAGUCGCCACUCUUCAAGACUUCCAGAGUGAACACAUUGGCAAACUUCAGGCCCAAUACGUCGAACAGACCCAGCUAGUUCCUCACCAGCGACAUUCCCCAAAUCCUGCAGCUUACGCUGGCUAUCAAAAUGAUAUUUACGACCAGCACCCCGGCCACAAUGUGAAUGCGAUGGUAUUGGCAAAUCAGAAUGGUCCACCCGUGAUACCUCAGCACCGACAUGUCGAAUUCGCUGAUACUCGUAGAGCUGUGGUCCCCGCUUCUUCUCAACCUCCACCGCCGCUUCCUCAAGGUCUCCACCAUAGGAAGUCACGCAGCGAGUUCUAUCCUAAAAGUGGCUCCGAUAUGUACCAAACCGGAGGUUCUUACAACAAUCAGCUAGCUUCAGUAUCCAACUUUGCACCAACCCCACCUCGGCACCAUGGGUAUGACCAGCCACUUCAGCAACCACUCCAGCAGACACUCCAACAAUACCAGGAGCAACCGUCAUACGCCAACCAAGGGUUCGAUCAGCCUCCGGUUUCUUCUAUUCCCCAGCCGAAGCCGCCUUUGCAGCAGCCACUGCAACAACUGCCACAGCAGCCUCUACAAUAUCAAUCUCAUACAUAUCAACAAACCUACCAAGACCCAUACGCCGAGCAAUUGUAUCAAUCUCAAUUGGUUAGGGCGUCUGAAUACGCACCUCCUCCUCUUCCUCAACAUGGCCAAGCUGCAGCAUAUCGAACCACACCAAACCCGCAGGAUGACUACGCCAACUCCUCUAGUCUCGCGUUGGCUCACAGUAAUGCUGCACCGCCCCCCCCUCUGCCUUCACAUAGAGUUCCACAACCACGUAUGAGUAUGCCCGCCAGCGUACCAACUAGCAAUCCUCCAGCUCCUAUUUCUCAACCCCUGCCACCUCUUCAGCAGAACAUUCCACCACAACAGCCUAUUGAUUCGUAUGAGCAAAACUUCCAGCUCCAGUCGCUCAGGGGGUACGCGCCUCCACCACCACUACCUACCCACGCCGGCUCACAGUUUAAGCCUGCACCUUCUCCACAGCCGAUGCACCUCCAGCAACCUGCUCAACAGUCAAUUCAGCAUUCUAUUCAAGAUCCGUCGAUGCAGUCACGCAUAAGAGGGAAUAGCGAACCACCACCUUAUGCUGCUAUUACUGAUGGCAGUGGAUUUAACCAAGCGCCUGGGUCUCAGCAGAACUACGAUCAAAACAGCUACAAUACUCAUCAGGGUUAUUCAUCAGGCUAUAAAGCCCCGUCCGGGCCCACUGCGUAUACUUCCUACACGGACUAUAACAAAAGAGUAAAUAUGCCACAGAACCCUGAGCACGCAUUUGACCCUACUACGGCUUUGGUCCUUGCUGGAGCUGGGGGUGGCCCGCCGCCGUUGCCAUCCCAUUCCGGUGCUCAACCAGUCCAUCGUGGCCGCCCCAAUGUUGCCCCUAUAUCCACCAAUGCACCUCCUGGAAGGGGAUUGAGCCGCUCGCCUAGUCCACACCCGCUAGCUUUGACCCCGGGCUACGGUCCAGACUCACCAGUUGAUGAAUUUCAUCAGCUAACUUUUACACAACUGCCGGAGUCUUUAUCCCAGUAUCGUGCUGCCGAUAACAGUAUAGGCUCGUCUCAACCACUGAUGCAACAAAGUUCACAGCAGAUAGAUGCGAGUAACCGACGAAGAAGCGUUUCGCCUAUGCCCCCGCCUCCCUCUAUGAAUAAUUACUCCCAAGAAAUUGUUAGCAGCCGAGGUGGACCCCCGCCCCUUCCCUCGGCGUCCCAUCGUAUGUCUCAAAACCUCGUGUAUAAACAUGACCCGAGCGAAAACCCGAGUGAAAACCGCAGUAAUCGAAGCAGCGCAUACGAUUACGCUCAUAUGCAAUCACAAAAUAAUAUCAAUGGUAUCCUAGGUGCGCAAACGUCAAAGGGCGAUGGAAAAUCUAGCAACAGCAGCAGCAACCCCACCCCUGUUUGUUUAUCUUCUCCCGACGCUGCUGCUGGGGCUAGAGAUUCCAAGUCUAGACAACCAUAUAUUGAAGAUGAGAUUGACGAAACUGACCGGUGCGCAGAUUCUAAUUAUCAGUCUGCGAGCACUAGCUACGUUGAUGAACCCCAAUCGCGUGAAUACAUGACCUCGUCCGCUUCCCCACACCCUUCCUCGCAUGAAUAUGCCAAGAGAUCACCGUCGAGAAAUCCAUCACCAUAUCCGAAUUACGGCGCCGAGGGGAACAGAGCAGUUAGUCCCAUGCCACCCGCUCGAAGGAAUUCGGACCUUCCACCCCGAAGAACGCCAGAGCCUGAAAGACAGCCAUCGACCAGGCCGGAACACCGACGAAUGACCCUGGGAGGUAUGCCGUUCUCACCAGAUGACUACGACGUCAUCAAUCCUGUCGGCCUCGGUAGCUCACCAGGUAAUCGAUCCCCAAGUGGUAACAUCUCAACCAUGCCAUUAGCGCGGAGCCCAGGGGCUGUGGCGAUGUCACCAGGUCAGUAUAUGACAGCGAAGGAGGAGAAAAAGCUCAGGGAGGAAGAGAAAAAAGCAGCGAAGAAGGCAAGAAAGAAGGUUGUUGCACCAAAUUCGGCGAACAGAGAACUUGAGGCGGAUGACAUUCUAGCACCUGAUACAUUUGCGCCGGAACCCCUUCGGCGGAAUAGUUUUAACGCGGGAAACAACGGUGGCAGCGGUGGUGCAACGACACCAGGGCCUGAAGGUGGGGAUGACCGAGGGAGAGGCGAUACACAACCAUUAAGCUUCAGACCGAGGAGGCAGAGUGUUAGCCCAGCCCCGCCUCCUUCUGAUAUUUAUGGCUCCUCUCCAGGAAGAGGGUUUAUGAGGUCGAACGGGGCUUCCACGCCUUCUUCUGGGUACGGAUACGCUGCCACACCUCCUCCACAUGGUGGUGGUGGCGGCCAUAGACCGCUUCCUGGUGCGCCAGUAAUGAGGAACGCUAUCAUGGGUCCUGACGACUAUUACCACCAGCAGCAACAGCAGCAGGGGUAUGGUGGAGGAGGGGCAGCGCCACCUAUGAGAGCUCCACAGCAACCUAACCCAGGUAGCAUGACGCAGGAGCAGUGGAGUUUAAGCCAAGAGUUGAGCAGUAUCAGUAUUGGAACGUCGUCGAGGAGGCCGAGAACGGGAACAUGGGCUUAA